GCUUCCGAACAGUACCUGCAGUUCUCUUCCUUCGUCCUGGCCGUUCUGACGGCUGGCGGAGGCACCAUGGGUUAUGUAAAGACCCGAUCGCUUCCGUCCAUCAUUGCCGGCUGCUCGGUCGGAUUCCUGUAUGCGCUCGGUGGUUACCGGAUCCAAAACCGCCAGCCGUACGGAGUUGAGAUUAGCCUCCUCGCCUCUAUGAUUCUGGGCUGCGCAUCGUUCCCUCGGGCCAUCAAGUUGAGGAAGCCUGUGCCGGUCCUGCUCAGCGUCCUCUCCGCGUUUGGUCUCUUCACCUUUGGGGGCGCAGUGCUCCGAGCCCGGCAGUAG